GAUAUUCAUUUGAUGCGAAUAGCUUGUUAUAAUAACAACAAUGAACAAGUUUUUCGUAGCUCUCGUCGCCUUGGCUGCUGUGGCUCAUGGCUCAGUGGUACCAGCAGUCAGUGUGGACAAUGAAUCCUCCAGCUUCGCCUACGAUGUUGCCGACCCUAACACUGGUGACUACAAAAGCCAAGUGGAGUCUCGUUCCGGUGGUGUUGUAAAAGGACAAUACUCCCUGAUCGAUGCUGACGGCACCCAGCGCGUUGUUGACUACACUGCUGAUGACGUCAACGGUUUCAACGCGGUUGUACGCAAAGACCCCGUGUCUGCUCCUGUUGUUGCUACUUCUCGUUUUGUUACUGCAUCACCUGUUGUAUCGUCUCCCGCAGUUUUCUCACGCUCAUCUCCUGUAGUAGCCAAGUCUUUCGUCGCUCCUGGAGUGAAUGCGGUAUCUUCACCAACAGUGUUCACAUCUCGCACAUACCCUGUGCCUUCGUACUUGUCUUCGCCAUCAGUGUACGCUUCAGGAUUAUACCCCUCCUCAUACUACCCAGGCUACCCCUACCCGUCUGUUAAAUACGUGUAAAAUCGGAUAUGUGAAGAAGUGUUCUGUGACACAAUGUAGAUAAACCAUGUAUACUCAUAAUUGUAAAACUAAAUAAAUUAAAUUGUAAUUGAAAAUGUA